CCGAGAGAGCCUUCCAGCGUCAAGUCGAAAACGAUCAAGCCGCCUGGAUCAAAUACCACCCGAGUUUCUGUUGCAUGCGAUCGUUGCCGGAAGAAAAAGAUAAGGUGUUUUUACGACAACGAUGACCCGAUAGUAGAGGACGAGGAUGGGAACAGACAGUGCGCAAACUGUAAAGUGGUGGGUCUGGAGUGCAUCUUCACUGACAAGUUGGCGAGAAAGGCUUUUCCGAGGGGGUACACAGAGUCUUUGGAGGAAAGAGUGAGAGAGUUAGAGUACGAGAACAAAAAGCUGCAGAAGCUGCUUUCUCUAAAGAACACCAACAAGAACUCCCUGAUCUCAAGCUCGAAUUCCAUUUCGACGGAAAAUACCCCUACUACCGUUCCCUCGCAUGUUCUUAACACCGAAAACGUCUCAAGGUUGGACGUUGACUUUAAACCAGUUUUACAUACCCACGACGAGAAUUGUAAUUGUGGUAUGCAUCACUCUGUGAUAAAUCGGCCAGUUUCAAUUGCAGGUUCAGUUGAUAUAGACCAAGGUGAUUUAAGCGACGACGAGUCUCUCUACUCGACAGAUAGUCACUAUUCUCGAAACAACGAUUCAGAUAGUAAAAACAGAUUUGUUUAUAAUCCUAAUUCCUUCGAACAAAUCAACGCACCGGGUGCCGCUGCUGCAAUCUCUCUUCAAAAUAAGUUGAGAACUAAGAAUUUCUUGAACUUGGCCAAUUUGAUUGCCGCCUCUAUUCCACGGUCGACAGAGGAAACUUUGUUUAUACCGACCUUGUUGGCAAGGAUAAUCAAAACCCAUGGUUUUGACUCAAAAGCUCCUUAUUUGACAGCACGCUCAAUUGCUUUAUUGAAGCAAGCUUAUAACGAAGAGGAGAGAUAUAAUCUAUUUCCAAUAACUUUCAAAGGCGUAAAUUUCAAUGACUUGAACAAAUCUGAGUCAAAGGCGUUUUUCCAAAGUCUCAAUUUACCGAAUAAUAUGAACUUGGAUAUUUGCAUAACAAUUUUCUUCAAUACUUGGAACACGGUGAUUCCUGUCAUGAAUAAAGAGAUUUUCAUGGCCAAUUAUAAAAAGUUUAUCAAGAGUAGAGAUGCAAACUAUGAGGAUGGCGAAUUAGUUGGAUUUGAAAAGUUCGGUGAGUUGUUAGUCAUAAUUACAUGUCUUGUGAUGAUUUCCAACGAACGGAACAAUAAUGGCAAGUCAAGUGACAAGAAAAUAUCAAGCAAUAGCGAGAUUUUGCAAUUUUAUGAUCAUAUAAUAAAGCAAUUGAUACAAUCCAACAUGUCAUCGAUUUGUUCAAUAUCCUCACUACAAAUUAUCACCAUAGAGUUAUUGUAUUGUCUAGCAACAGACGACUUAACAACCAGUUAUGAAUUGAGGGGCAGAAUGAUUACCAUGUGCCAACAGUUGAGGUUACAUAGAUGCCCUGCAGCAGUUCUCGGAUCUAACGGGUCCAGUGUUUCCAAAUUACAACAGGGUGAAAGGCGUAUAUUGUUUUGGUGUAUCUACACACUUGAUAGUUUUAGUGCAUUUAUCUUGGGUGUUCCAAGAUUAUUGAAAGAUUAUGAGAUUGAAUGUGCUUUACCUUCCUCCUCAUCAAGUGAUAAGGAGAACAAAGAUUCUGAUAUCAGUUUGAUCACAUUCCAGAACAAUGUUCAAUUAUCUUUAGUCGGUAAAGUCUGUGAUUCGGCCUUGAGUGUGAUGAGAUACUCCAAAGUUUUGGGUACCAUUGUGGACUCGAUUUUCAGGAGAAGUGAAGGGUUGAAGCAAACAAACAUCAAUGAAUCUAAGUGUUUGAUAAUGGAAGAUUUAUUAGAGACAUGGAGAAGAAACCUACCAGCGAACGUUUCGUUUAACACUGUUCACAACUCCAAGGAUAUUAAUAUCAUUGACAACUUGAAUGAAACCCAGUUGACGUUGUAUUAUCUUUACUAUCAAGCGAAGGCAUUGAUUUACAUGCCCUUACUGGCUGGCGAGUCCACUUUCAAUUUGACAUCAUCUAAGUGCUCGCCUGCAUUCAUAAGCAUUCAGCAAGCGACUACUUCGAUCCUAACUACAAUGAGGGUUUUGAAUACAUCUAAACACAAUUUCUACUUCUUGCCGCUUCCUAUCAACAUUGCUAGACAGACGGCCCGGUUUUCAUUAAUGGCGGCUAGAAAUUCGUUGGAAUACACGAGGGGAGGAUCAUUGUUCCAAGAGGCCAAACUACUAUUGACCUCAAUCAUUAAUGAGUUAAAGAUCGAAAACAAGAUUGGACUCCUUGGGUGCCUAUCUAACAACUGUGUCGGUUGCUUGGAGCAUGCUAUCGAUGCUAUCUUAUCGCAGCCUAAGACGGGCUCUAUGAACAAUCUGGAUCCAGUUGAAUCUGUGAAGAAGGAAAGCAAAAAGAAGAGCACGGGCUCACCGUUAAAGAAGGUCUCCAAUCUUGAAAGCUUUGCCAAAAAACCCUCUUCAAUGGCUCCACAGCAGUUUUUGCAAACCCAACAGGAGAACCUACAGAAGCAGAUCCAGCUGCUCCAGCAACAGGCUAAGACGCAAGCGAUGGCGGAAGCCGAGAUACAGGUCCAGAGACAGCAGGUUGAACAGCAGAGACUGCAGAACAGCCUGUUCCAGGACAGCAGCAAGAACAGUCACGCCGACGUGCCUUUCAGUGUGAAAUCCUUUUCCGAUUUGCUCAUGUUCAACGACUUCGGGGUCGACGCGUCUUUGGGGUUGCCGUUCAUCGAUUUCGAGCUCGACAACACCCAGACGAAGAAGCAGAAAAUGGACCCCACC